CGGUAGCAUACAUUUGCCUCUUAUAACAGGUACACCUGGUGAAAUCAUCAUGGACGAGCCCUCUCUCCAGCUCUAUCAAGAGCUCCGCCAGAACAUCCACGAGGCUCUGGCGACGACGAAGCGUCCCGUGUUGACCCAUCUCAACGAAGACUCCAGCUGGCUGCUUCAAAUACCGCGACCCGAGAAUGCUGUGCGGCGGGGGACGCGAUUCUACUACAACAUACUGGUGGAUCCCUGGCUGAAAGGCGGUCAGAGCGACGUUGCAAGCUGGUUCAGCCAGCAAUUCCAUGCCACGCCCAGCGCCGUGCAGACCAUUGCCGAGUUGGAGGACUUGAUCCGCGACGUGGAGGCGUUGGCGAUGGGCGCGCACCGAGAGCCGGCGAAAGACUCAGAAGAGCUGGGGAAUGGGCAUGGGGAUACGCUGAUAGACGCUGUGGCCAUAUCCCACGAGUUCACCGACCAUUGCCAUAAAGAGACACUGGUGGAGCUGCACAGAAACGUGCCUGUCUUCGCAGCCAAGGAGGCCGCAAAGGUGAUUGACGGCUUCAAACAUUUCCGGACAGUGAUUGCGCUGGAUGUAUUCGGCACAGACGGCAUGACCGACUGGCGAGCGACCAGUAUGCCUCCUCUGCCCGAAUGGAUCGGCAUCAGUAGACUCCUGUCCACGAAUGACGCUCUGAACUAUCACAGCGCCAUCUUGAUCACUUGGAACAACAGGCACAACACUGGUAAGACGAGAGUGACCAGCGUGAGUAAUAACCUUCGCAGCAAUGGAAGUAGGGCACGCCGACACGCUACGAUCGAGCCAGACGAAGACGAGGAACGAGCCGAAGCUGUCAUAUACACGCCCCAUGGUGUGAACAGUGGCGAUUUGAAGAUUAUCCCCGAGGCGUCACCGGCAAUCUCCACUUUGGUAUUCUUGCAUGGCUUGCAUAAUGUGCGCCUCGCUAGUAUUGGGAGAACCGCGCUACAAUUGAACUUAGGAGUCUAUAACGGUCUGAAGGCUCAAAGGGUCUUGAAAGCAAAAUAUUGGGUAGGCACUCAUGAUGAAGUGAAGGAAGGACGUGGCCUGGUGGGCUUCUUCAUCAAACGUGAGGUCAAGACGAUCAAGGAAGCUUUGGAGCUAGAAAGAGAACAACGACAGAAGGGGGAGCAUGUUGUCGCCAACAGUGAGCGCGACGCAGUGUUGGAAAGCUUCGACGACACGAAAUGGCUCGACUUGCGCAAUGGCGAGAGCCGGGUGCUUGUCUAAGGUAGAGUAGGAGGUAGUAGGUAGGUAAAGCGUAAGAGGUAG